CCGGUAUUUAGCCCAUAUCUGUUCUGUUCCAUAAAACAAACAACACAAGGUUAAGAAAAAGAAAACAUUAAUAAAAUGUCAUGAAUAAGAUAAAUAUGUGGUUCGGGAAACUUAUUUUAAAGGCCUAUAUUAAGGUGCUAGUGUUUUAAAAUGUUUACAAAACAUGCAAACAUAAAGUUAGCGGAAUAUGCAACACUUCCAGUUUAAAGCAAAUUUUGCACAUUUGAUUCCAAAGAUUUAAUGUUUCAUAGAAAACCCGUAAAGAAGCGUUUUCCCCACUUAAAUGUCAAAAUCAGAUUUUAAAAAAUAUUUUCUCUCCAGUUUAAAUCAUGCAGCUGACGGGAUGAAUCCCAGAUCUGGCUGUUUUAAGCGGAGUGGCCCCCCUGUGAUCGCAGGGGCUGGGUGUAUAUAUAAGUGGACGGGGUUUUUCACGCCGCUGUGCUGAGUGGAGGGACUCACACACACUCCGCAUUUCCACGCGUUCAGCCUGGAAACACACCAAGCUGCAAACUUCCAGCUCCCACAACCUGCUUUCCCUCAUCAGAGGAACUACCAACAAAUUCCCGCAACUUCUCUCCCCUUAUUCACCCACUUCUGCCGCGGGCAAGAAACUUCCACCCGUUGCGGGACAUGCGGGAGUUCGGGGCUUUGUUAGCGGUGCUUGCGGUCCUGUCGGUCGGGUUGUGGAGCUCCGAGGCCGGGGUGAGGAUGCAGAAAGCAGCAGCAGCGGGGAACAACUCCGGUGAUUCCCGAGAGGAGAGCUCCAGAGCAGCGGGACACGCCACCUGCCCUGGCCGCUGUCGGUGCGAGGGGGACGGGCUGCUGCACCGGGUGGACUGCUCGGACCUGGGGCUCCGGGAGAUACCGAGCAACCUGAGCGUGUUCACAUCCUACCUUGAUCUCAGUAUGAAUAAUCUGACUGUGAUGACCAGUGGAGCUUUGUCCAACCUGCACUUCUUGGAGGAACUACGUUUGGCAGGAAACGAUCUGUCCUUCAUCCCCAGAGGAGCGUUCAGCGGCCUCUACAACCUCAAAGUGCUAAUGCUACAGAACAACCAGCUGAGAUCAGUUCCUGCUGAAGCACUCACCAACCUUCACAAUCUUCAGUCUCUCCGGCUGGAUGCGAAUCACAUCUCCGGCGUUCCGCCUGGCUGUUUCUUCGGUCUGCGCUCGCUUCGUCACCUCUGGCUGGAUGACAACGCUCUGACGGAGGUGCCAGUGAAGGCUCUCGGAGAGCUGCCGACCCUGCAGGCCAUGACGCUCGCCCUCAACCACAUCGCCCACAUCCCCGACCACGCGUUCAGCAAGCUGGGUCGCCUAGUGGUGCUGCAUCUCAACAACAAUAGGAUCGUUUCCAUGGGCAACAGCUGCUUCCACGGACUCCACAGUCUGGAGACGCUGGAUUUAAACUACAACAGCCUGGUUGAGUUUCCUACAGCCAUCCACUCACUCAGCCACCUCAAAGAGCUAGGUUUCCACAGCAACAACAUCCAGUCCAUCCCAGAGCACGCCUUCACUGGGAACCCGUCUCUGAUCUCCUUGUUGUUUUAUGACAAUCCAAUUCAGUCUGUGGGACGGUCGGCCUUCCAGAACCUUCCAGAGCUUCGGACGCUAUCUCUGAACGGUGCGGCAGAACUCGCAGAGUUUCCAGAUCUGUCGGGAACCAAGGGUCUGGAGAGCCUGACGAUCACUGGAGCUCGGAUCACGUCUCUUCCCAGUUCGAUGUGUGAGCAGCUUCCAAACCUUCAGCUGCUCGACCUCUCGUAUAACAAGAUCCAGACUCUUCCGAGCUUCACUGGCUGUGAAAGCAUCCAGAAGAUUGAUCUCCACCAUAACGAGAUAGAGGAGCUGAGGGAGAACACUUUCACCGGCCUGAUGACCCUUCGCUCGCUAGAUUUAUCCUGGAACCGGUUGUCAUCUGUGAAGCCAAACUCAUUCUUUGCUCUGACGUCUCUCUCCAAACUUGACCUGUCAUCCAAUCAGCUGUCCUCUCUGCCUCUUACUGGUCUGCAGAGUUUAACUCACAUUCGGCUGGUGGGAAACGAUCAGCUGAUGGAGUUAAUACCCCGAGAAGACCUGCCACAAGUCAGGGUGAUGGAGCUUCCCUACGCCUUCCAGUGCUGUGCCUUCAUCUCCUGUGAGAUGAGAGGAGAAGGAGGAUUAUCCUGGGAAAGGGAAGAGGCGGCAGACUCUACAGCGAGAGACGCUCCUUUCCUUUCCAGUCAAGUGGACCAGGACUGGGACGAUUUUCUGAUGGAGUUUGAAGACGAACCCAAACCUCAACACUCUGUUCACUGCAGCCCAACUCCAGGUCCGUUCCAGCCGUGUCUCCGCCUUCUCGGCAGCUGGAUGAUCCGAGGCGGCGUCUGGCUCAUCGCUGCAAUCUCAUUGGUCAGCAACGGACUCGUUGUCCUGUCGGUCUUCUUCUCUCCAGCCAGCGUCGUCACGCCCCCCAAGCUCCUGGUUGGCCUGCUGGCUCUGGUGAACGGCCUGAUGGGAGUGUGGAGCGGCUGGCUGGCGGCGGUGGAUGCCUGGACGUUUGGCAGCUUCUGGAGGUACGGGGUGAAGUGGGAGAGCAGCUUCCUGUGUCGCCUCAGCGGCUUCCUGUGUGUGUUUGCAUCUCAGACCGCCCUCUUCCUGCUGACCGUCGCGGCUCUGGAGCGAUGUCUGUCUGCUGCAGGUGCAACACAGAGCAGCAAAACUGACAGGAGCAGCGGUCGUUCUUCGUCGACGCUCUUCAUCCGUUUGUCGAUCUUCCUCUGCUUCCUGCUCGGCUUCGUCAUCACUCUGCCUCCGCUGAUGGCCGGUCACAGCAGCUCCUCCUUCUGUUUGCCGCUGCCUUCGUCAUCCUCCUCUUCCUCCACCCUGGCCUUCGCGGUCUCCUUGGUGCUCUUCGACUCGCUCUGUUUCCUCGUCAUGACGCUCUCCUACACUCGCCUCUACUGCCGCGCCAGCAAAGCUCCGCCAAACUCCGACGACAACGCGCCUUUGACUCGUCACAUCGCCUGGCUGCUCUUCUCCGACUGCCUGCUCUACCUCCCCGUCGCCUUCCUCUCCUUCUCCUCCCUCCUGCGGCUCCCCGCCGCCGGGCCAGAGGCAGCGAAGGGAGUCCUGCUGCUCGUGACGCCGCUUCCGGCUUGCGUAAACCCGCUUCUCUAUCUCCUCUUCAACCCGCUCGCCAGGGGAGAGCUGGCGGCGCUGGCGGCGCUGGCGGCUCGCGCCUGCAGGGGCGCAGUGGCGACAAAGUUACAGAGAAGGGGCGUGACCGGAGGACGGCCGCUGGAUUCAACGUACGACGAAGACGCGGAGAAGCAGUCGUGUGACUCGACUCAAGCGCUGGUGGUUGUGGAAGGUGUGAAGGAAGAGGAGGAGCAGAGGAGCAAGACGCAACCGUCGCUGUCGGCCGCCCAACGUCGCUAAACGGACAGGAAACUCACACAUGUAACGUUUGUUGGUCUCACCUGACAAAAGCUUGAAUAUCGAUCCCAAAGGUUCUGCUUCAUUCUAACAGAACCUUCAAAAUCUGCCUCAUUUUAACGGGGAGCUGUUGAUCAAAAUUCACAUUUACAUUUCGAUUUGGGUUUGAACUGCUUCUAAAAGCAGGUAAAGCACUUAAAAAAACAAUAAGUUAAUGUUUUUGGUGUGUGGAAAAUGAGCCAUUUCAAAAACCUCCCUAAUAUUAACUCACAUUCUACGGCACUAUGCCGUUACCUAGCAACUAGCCUGUUGCCUAGCAACCCAGGCAGAGUUCCAGCCUCGUCACCUAGGGUUCCGCUUUAUGCGCUGUACAAUGGCUGCUGGAAAAGACUAGAGUUUUGUUGUUGAGUUACCAUCCAGAAACUAUUUGCUGCAUUUUUGUUGGUUGUGCAGGAGGCUCCACUUCUGCUUUUUAAAGAUGUACGGUUGUAUAGUUAUGCAUCUGUUUGCAGCUAUUUUGAUGUGUGAGUGUAAACAGUGAGUUGGGGGCGUGGCCAGCAGCAGCUUAUUUGGAUUAUCCUUUAGGUUUCAGGGCAUCAAAGUAAGGGAACUUCAGCCUUUGGUGGACAAUCCUGCAUGUUUUAGUGAGACAGAUUUCUAUGACGACGAUUAUUAAUGAAUUUGUGUAUAUUUUUUGCUUUUGAAACUCGAGAUUUUCUUUUUUAGUUUCAAA